CCGGACUGAAGAAGCGGUUUUCACACAUGCGUGCAGCUCCGCCGGGAGGAGAAGCUACACACACACACACACACUGAGAGAGACCUGCGACACGCCGCGGCUCGUCCUCUGAGCUCAGCCGGUCCCGUGCCCUCACUGCUCCGCUCUCCGGUUCAGAUUAACGAGCCUCCGGUCGGUGCGAGACACAGCACGCGCUGACGAGCCCGCGAGACCAGCAUGUCCGCCAAGCCCAGCGAGGAGCCCGCUUCAGAGGACGGCUGGUACGGAGACGGCUUCGAGAGGACGGCCGGGUUCGGCGGCGCCGCGGCCCGCUCAGAGGAGCCGGAGGACGAUCGGAGCGAGUCCGCGCAGAUCUACAGCCGCGCCGAGAGCGCGCGCCAGCCGCUCCCUGUUGUCAUGGAAACUGCAUCUACAGAUAAACUGGAUACAGACUUUCUGAAGAAGAACCUCGGUGACAUGGGUGACCCAUACACAUCCCUCCUGUCCAGUCAGAGUUACUCCUCCCAGCAGGACACCUCCUACUUCUCAGGAUACCUAGGCAGAGGGGAGCAGAAGCAACCAAUGGGUGUAGAUGACUUCCUCAGUCUGGAGUCCCAGUCUGCCAUGUUCAGCUCAGACUCGGGCAUUGAGAUGACCCCGAGCACCGAGCUGGGCUACAGUUCUCACAAGCCUUCUGAUUCCACCUGCAGCUACAUGGACAUCAGUAGCAGGGAGAAGCCCCAGCAGCCUGAGGAAGAAUGGGGGAUAAGAAACGUCUCACAACGUUCCCCACUGACCAGCCUGGGGGGAGAGUUCUACCUGGAGAAGAGCCCUUCCCCAGUUGAGGUGGAGACUCUGGGUCCUGCAGCAGCACUGGAUUCACAGACCUUCCCCUUUGUUGAGGAGCCUUCAGAUGAUGAGCUGAGCGACUAUCAGCCCUACCGUUCUCCAGGGGCUGAAGGCAACGCUAGCCCCGUCAAGAUCACGUUGACUGAGAUGCCACCAUCUUCGACCUCGCCCACUCAGCACACCCCUCCGGUCACAGUGUCAGAGAAAGAGAGCAUCCUGAGCCUGGGGCUGCAGGGAGUGCCCACCGUCACACUGUCUGAGCCAGAGGAUGAAAGUCCUGGCUCCUCCACACCACCUCUCACAGAGUCAGACUCUCCGUCUGAUCCUGUGAUUUAUGCCAGUGAGGUGAAGACUGUGAGCUCCACUCAGGAGAAGAUUCUGGAGUCUUCUCAAGCACCCUUUCAGAAUUCCUCUAAGCAGAGUCCUUCAGUGGAACCUAAAAUCAGCUCAACCUUUCCCUUAUAUGCUAAGGAUGCUGAUGCCAGUGGUGGAGAAUCUGGCGACUCAGAGAUUGAGCUUGUGUCUGAAGAACCUAGCCCACAGGCUCCAAGCUCUGGCUACAUGAGCUUCAGCAAAAGUCUAACCACCACCACCACUACUCCUUCAGCACCUGCUUCUGUUCAAGCUACUGCUCCAGCCUCUGCCCCUGCUCCUGCUCCUGCCCCAGCCCCUGCUCCAGCCACUGCAACAAUUCCCAGCCCGGCUAUGCAGUACAGCAUCCUGCGGGAAGAGCGUGAGGCCGAACUUGACAGCGAGCUGGCCCUGGAGUCCUGUGGAGAAGAAAGCCCCAAAAGAUUCCCCCUGGACUCCACCACCACCAAGCCAGGCAAGACCGAUCCACAUCCACCCAAACCUUCUUCUCCUGUGGUCACCCCCACAGCUACUCCCCCUGUGAGCCCCGCCCCUCCUCCUGCAGCCCCCACCACAAAUAUACCUCCAAAAGAGAAGAGCCCAGUUGUGGAGGAGAAGCCCAAGCCCAGCAGCAGCAGUCCCUCAGCGCCCAGCUCAGUCUUGCCGGAGCUGAAGGUAGAGCAGCCAACUGAGGAGAAGCUUAGUGAGAGAAGACGGUCCAGUCAGAGCCGUCGUGGCUCUGAAAGGCAUUCCGCACCACCUGCCAUCUUCCAGGGCCUGACCAGAGAGAAAGCGAUGGAGCUGUUGUACUGGCGGGACCUGAAGCAGACAGGGCUACUGUUUGGAAGUGUGUUGCUGUUGCUCUUCUCUCUGACUCAGUUUAGUGUGGUCAGUGUGGUGGCCUACCUGGCCCUGGCUGCCCUUUCAGCCACCAUCAGCUUCAGAGUCUACAAAUCUGUGCUGCAGGCUGUGCAGAAGACUGAUGAGGGACACCCCUUUAAGUCAUACCUGGAGGUGGAGAUUUCACUGUCCCAUGAUCAGAUGCAGAGGUAUGCAGAGAACGUUCAGCGCUACAUUAACAGCACUAUGAGGGAGCUGCGCAGACUCUUUCUUGUGCAGGACCUGGUGGAUUCACUAAAGUUUGCAGUGCUCAUGUGGCUGCUGACUUAUGUAGGAGCACUCUUCAACGGCCUCACUCUUCUCAUCAUGGCUGUGGUUUCCAUGUUCUCAAUGCCUGUGGUCUAUGAGAAAUACCAGGCACAGAUUGACCAGUAUUUGGGCCUAGUAAAGACUCAUGUAAACUCAGUAGUGGGGAAGAUCCAGGAGAAGAUUCCUGGGGCCAAGCGAAAGGCUGAGUAAAGCCUGAAGGGCAGCUGGAGAACACAAGGAUGCCCUGACCUGCCUUUCCUUUAUUAUAGGGAAAGUUAGAUGUUGGUCAGGGGGUUUCGCAACAACACACACACACAGAUACACACACAGACACACAGAUACACACACAUACAUAAACAUACACACAAAUGUACAAGUUACUGGAGCAUAGUUCAACUUUGUGCACACUGUGGUGUCUAGAGCAACAGCCAAGCCGCUCAGGAGAAGUCCCACCCUCGCCCAGUAACCAUAAAGUAAAAAAAAAAAAAAAACGCGCUGUCACUCAAGCACUACGCUCUAGUGAGGGGGGGAAAAAAACAACAAAAUAUAGGAGUAAGUUGAAACAAAAAAAAGACAAAAAAAAAAAAUGUUUUUGUGUUGCUUCUUAAGUGCAUGAAGUCAAGAGUCUUAAGCGCUGAUGCAUUUCUUCUUCUCUGGUUUCCUUUGUUCUUGGCUUUAUCAGCUAUGCUGAAGACAUUUCUCUGUAGUGUGUGAAGAAUCUCUUCAGCUUUAGUGCUCUCCUGUGAUAGUCUCUUCUUCUUCAAGAAAAAUAAAAAAGCAGCUUCUUUCGUCUCGGGGGCGUCGGGUGGGGCUUCUCUUCUCUCAGUAUACCUGAAAACAUAUAAACUUCAAUAUUACUUAAAUAUCAGCUAGACGCGGUGGCCUGCCGAGGUUUACCUUCUUUGUGUGGCACAAGAGCAAAUAUUUAGCAAUGUUCUGAUUAGAUAUGGUAAACUAACUUGUAGUGUGUUUUUUUUAUAUAUAUGAAUAUAUAACUCAUUACGGGAACUACAGAGACUCAUGGUUUUAGGUACUGUCGUCAAUCUUCUUUUAAGCAAAUUGCAAUCGAACAAGAGAGACGGAGGAGGAUGAAGCGUAAAGUGAACGGGUGCCAGCUUGGUGAUUCUGUCCAUCUUUGUACUAUGUUGAGUGUAGUUCUUCUUAGCCAUGGACUCUUAACUAUUUGCACUUAAAAUGUACUCAUCACUGAAUGCGGAAAUAAAUGUUCUUAAAUGUA